AUGGCCUUUCCUAGAACCCAAAAGUCCAAACCAGGACCCGGUUCCCCAAUCAUCUUCCUUGUCAUCUGCAUAGCCGCCAUUGCACUCCUCUUUCUCGUUUCCUCUCUCAUUUCCACUAGUGAGUUCUCUUUAUCCUCUCUGAAAACCCUCGAAAGCAGACUCAAAUUAAAGAACAUAAACCAGAACCACCAAACUGGCCACGAGAAGUACCUCUACUGGGGUGACAGAAUUGAUUGCCCUGGAAAGCACUGCGAGUCCUGUGCGGGUCUGGGCCACCAGGAGUCCAGCCUCAGGUGUGCUCUUGAAGAGGCUAUGUUCCUUCAGAGAACUUUUGUAAUGCCUUCAAGAAUGUGUAUUAACCCAGUACACAAUAAUAAUGAGAUCCUUCAUCACUCACAUAAUGCAGUUUCAGAAGAAAGGUGGACAGCAAACUCCUGUUCCAUGGACUCGUUGUAUGAUAUAGACCUCAUAUCAGGCACUGUACCAGUAAUUUUGGACAAUUCAAAAAUGUGGUAUCGAGUGGUGGCAACAAGUAUGAAGUUGGGAGGUAGAGGAGCUGCCCAUGUGGAAGGAGGUACUCGUGUUGAUCUCAGGGAGAACAGUAGUUUUUCAAAUCUUUUACUCAUAAACAGAACUGCAAGCCCUCUUGCAUGGUUUAUGGAGUGCAAGGAUCGAAAAAAUCGUAGUGCUAUAAUUUUGCCAUAUACCUUUCUCCCCUCGAUGGCUGCAAAGAAGUUGAGGAAUGCAGCUGACAAGAUUAAGGCGCUCCUUGGAGAUUAUGAUGCCAUUCAUGUACGUCGUGGUGAUAUAAUUAAGACCAGGAAGGACAGGUUUGGCGUUAACAGGACCCUGCAUCCUCAUGUGGACAGGGAUACACACCCAGAGUUUAUUCUUCGCAGAAUUGAGAAAUGGGUCCCAUCUGGACGAACUCUUUUUAUUGCUUCAAAUGAGAGGACACCAGGAUUUUUUUCACCUCUCUCAGUCAGAUAUAAGUUGGCCUAUUCAUCAAACUAUAGCCACAUAUUGGAGCCCUUGAUUGAGAAUAACUACCAGUUGUUCAUGAUUGAAAGGAUAAUCAUGAUGGGUGCUAAAACAUUCAUCAACACAUUCAAAGAAGGUGACACAGGUCUCAGUCUUACCGAUGACCCAAAGAAGAACACCAAGUUAUGGCAAAUACCAGUCUAUAGCUUCGAUGAAGAGGGAAGCUAA